GUCGCUAGAGUCAUAUCUGCUGUAGUGACAGACUCUGAGAAGACCCUAUUCCCAAGUCUGACCCCAUCUUGGCUACUUGGCCUUCCUCCUAGCCCGCGGGCUCUGGGCUGGGGGCAAGACACAACCUUGACCCCGCCCCCGCCGCUGGGCUGCUGGGAACUGGUCGCCAUGGCGACGAGCUGUACACUACCACGGCUUUCCAGUUCGCGGGUGCUGGCUGCACGGCUGCCCUAGGGUCAUGGCCUCCUCCAAACCGCAGUGCCCCAGCUCGGCGACCACGUCGAGAAUACACCUGCGGCCUCUAGGAGUGACCAAAGAUGAUUCCUUCAUCACAGAAACCAAGAAUCCCCAAAAGCGCAAGCUGUCUCAGAAACGGAAGACACUGCUGUCCUGUCCAUUCUCAAUUGGUGGCCACCUGUCCCCAUGGCCCAGAUACAUCAGUGACCAGACCAUUCUGCAUAAUCGAAAGCCCUGUUCAGAUGACUACCAGAAGCGAACCAACAGCUGGCAGCAGCCCCUGGGCACUACCAAGCCAAGGUACCUGGAGCAGCUAGAGAACUACCUACGCAAGGAGCUCCUCCUGCUGGACUUGGGCACGGAUUCUGCUCAGGAACUGAGGCUACAGCCUUUCAGAGAGAUCUUUGAAUUCUUCAUAGAAGACUUCAAAACAUACAAGCCAUUGCUGUCUUCCAUCAAAAACGCGUAUGAGGUGAUGCUGGCGCACCAGAGGGAGAAGAUUCGGGCUCUGGAGCCCCUGAAGGCCAAGCUUGUCAUUGUGGAUGAGGACUGCAAAGAGAGGAUCCUGGCCAUGAGGGCUGAGGAGAGAUACGAAAUCUCCAUGCUGAAGAAAGAGAAAAUGAAUUUGCUAAAACUCAUUGACAAAAAGAAUGAGGAGAAGAUUUCACUGCAGAGUGAGGUGAACAAACUGAGGAAGAACUUGGCUGAGGAGUAUCUGCACUACCUCAGUGAGCGAGAUGCCCGCAAGAUCCUCAUUGCAGACCUGAACGAGCUACGGUACCAGCGGGAAGACAUGUCGCUAGCCCAGUCCCCAGGCAUCUGGGGGGAAGACCCCGUGAAGUUAACACUGGCUCUAAAGAUGGCCCGGCAAGACCUGACCCGCACACAGAUGGAACUCAACACUAUGAAGGCUAACUUUGGAGAUGUCGUGCCCAGGAGGGACUUUGAAAUGCAAGAGAAGGUCCUCAAGGAUCUGCAGGAGCAGCUGGACAGCCUGAGAGACGACUAUGAAGAGGUCCGCAAGGAGCACGAGAUGCUGCUGCAGCUGCACAUGAGCACACUGAAGGAGCGGGACCAGUUCUACUCUGAGCUGCAGGAGAUCCAGCGCACCUCCACGCCACGGCCUGACUGGUCCAAGUGCAAAGAUGUGGUGGCCGGGGGAAGAGAUCGCUGGCAAAUGCUAGCUGAGGGCAAGAACAGUGACCAGCUGGUGGAUGUGCUCCUGGAAGAGAUUGGCGAGGGGCUGCUCCGAGAGAAAGAUUUCUUCUCUGGUCUGGGCUAUGGGGAAUCCAUCCCCGCUUUCCUUCGGUUUGAUGGCACUGUGGAGAACAAGAAGCCAACCAAGAAGGAUGUGGUAAACCUCCUCAAGGAUGCCUGGAAGGAACGGAUGGCUGAGGAACAGAAAGAGAGGUUCCCAGACUUCUUCUUCAAUUUUCUGGAGCGUCGCUUUGGGCCUGGUGAUGCCAUGGCCUGGGCUUACACCAUUUUUGAAUAUAUCAAGCUCUUCCGGUCCAAUGAGGUCAUGAGUCAGUUCCAUGCAGUCUUGAUGGGAAAGAGGAAAGAAAGUGUGUACAUCAAGCAGAAGGAGACAAUAGCACAGCUGCUGAAGGAGAUGACAAAUGCCGACAGCCAGAACGAGGGGCUACUAACCGUAGAGCAGUUAAGCACUGUCCUCAAGAGCACCUUCCCCUUCAAGACGGAUGAGAAAAUUCAGGAGCUGAUGGAGGCAGUGGGCUGGCAUCCCAGCAGCAGUAAUGCAGAUUUGCUCAACUACCACAUCUUAUUUACAGAGGAUGAGGAGGGUCAGAGCAUGCCCUUUGUGCAAAAGCUGUGGGAACAAUACAUGGAGGAAAAGGAUGCGUACAUACAGGAGCUAAAGCUGGAGCUGGGCCUGGAACUUCAUGAGGACGUGACCCUAGCCAGGGUGCGUGAGGCCCUGAUGAACAUUGAUCCCACCCUGGACAAGCAGACCCUGAAUAGCUAUUUGAGCCAGGCCUUCCAGUUCCCCAUGACAGAACUGCCAGAGGAGGGUGAGGAAAAGGAAGCAGGCAUUGUGGUACAGCUCCAAACUGCACUGGAACAGCUUCAUAUGAGUGAUGUGAGGCGUAUGGGGCCUCGAGAGCAAGAACCUGCAAGCUAAGGCCACUAUGGGUGGCCUGAGUGCUCUCAUGCUGCUAACCUCUGACUACUAUUAUAAAACUGUUUGUCUGAA